GUGUCUAGAGCCUGCAAGGUGCUGAUCGACGCACGAUGUUUCUUGCGAAUGAUGGUCAAUUCAUGUGACAACACUGCCGUACACGACGAAGCGAACAAGGCCGUAUUUGUUGAAUUCCAGGACCCUGGUUCGUGCCGCCUCUAUCUUUCAACCGCCAGGAUCGCUGCUCGCCUUGGCGGUCCGGGGAACUAUCAACGCCAUGUUGCCCGACGUCAACCGCGGGAACGAUCCACAGUAUCUAGGGGCAACGAUGCUCAACACUUCAUGCUACAUGUACAAAUCAUACAUAAACGCACAUUCAGGCCUUCGUAAGUC